AUGUCGCGUUUUCUUAUCCGUCUAGAAAAUGUCGGGAGACGCAGUGUUGCCACUGCAGCGCACCCACACUACCCUGAACACCAUCACCACCCGAACCCAGGCAAUUUUGCCAAUCGGCCGCGCGCAGAGCUAUCAGAGAUCGGCCACCGGGGCGGAAAGAAGGGUGGCAAGGCGCGCGGCCGGGGUGGAUUUCAUGAUAUGGACCCGAAGAAACAGCACGCUAUUGCGUCCAAGGGCGGGCGUGCUGUGAAGAAGGCGGCGAUAGAACAGGAGAGUGCCGCGCGGGAGGUGGAAAGACCGGGGCGCUCGUUUGAGCCGUCGGUCGUGCCUCCGGGAUUCGAAGAGUGGAAGACGAGUGCGUAA